AUGGAUGUCGCCGUUGCCAUAUUAUACGUCUCUGUUAUCACCAUUGGAUGUCGAUGGAUUGUUCUUUCAGACAUAGUCAGAUGGAUUAGAGAGGAUAGAAUGGGUAUAACGUUGUUCCAAAGGAUGCUUCUUGAGUGCGGAGGUGCAGAGGGAAUGAAACAGUCGAAGUGUGGCUCUUUUGCGAACAUGGAUCUUCCCCUGUACGAGUUUCAACGCACAGCAUUGUUUGUAUGGCAAAUCUGCAGUUUACCGCAAACCCCCGCUAAAAUUGACUUCAAGCAGAUCAUAGCACGAUGUCUUUAUCAUUUGAACCUCCCUGAAGCGAUGUUCGAACGUGUGAUGAUAUUGAUGAAGCUCGCACCUCCAUGCAAAAUCCUAGAUGAGGAGAGUUUGAGAAGGCAAGGACGAAUUGAGCAGGGUCCCUAUGCGAAUGGUUUCAACGUACCUGGAACAAGAAAAUUCGGUGCUCUACAAAUGUUAUUUGCCUUUGGCCGCCAAAUUCGCCAUCGAAGUACUACGUGCUCUGAUAUAUUCUUUUCUGCGGAGACGAAAGUUUUUGCUUUGAUUUUGAUGGCUCUGAAGCUGUCGUUCGGUUUAGAUGACAACAGAGAAUCAGCCUUACCCAAGCAGGAGGAACGGACAAACUCUUUCAAUUUUAUGGAAUGGUUCUACCAGCUUAAGAUGAGAAUGAUGUUCUGGGAAGGAUAUGAUCCGCUUGAUGUGCUUCAGACUUGGAAACCUGUGCAGCCACUUUACUAUGAGAACGAGUUUCCACGCGGAGAGAAUGUCCAUUUCUAUGUUCAUGCUAACCAGAAUGGCAAACCGGCAUACUGCAUUCGACAUUACCCUCGUGACGGCGGAUUCACCAACUGCAUUCCGCGCACAAUGCGGAUAGACAGCAGCACUUCCUUACCAAAUCCGUUCCCAGAGCAUACCCAUGACGCACUUUCUAAUCGAAGUGAUGAAAAUGCCCUAUACGCUCCUUUGCAAAGUCAAACUAACGUUCUGCGCGAAUUUUUGAGUAGACGAAGGACCGAAAAUGAAAGGCAGCGUAUUAGAGUUAUCGUUGAUGAGGAAGCUGUCAAAGUGUUCAAAGCCAGCUAUGAGAAUUGCGAACUCGCAAAGGGAGCAUCGGAGGGUGCCAGCGAAGGAGGUUUCUCAUCCAAGUGGUUUUCGGAAUUUCCUUGCUCCAAUGAAUAUAAGCGCUUACCUCGCCCAAACUGGACAAAUGGUGGUAUCAUCCAUUUGAAAGAGAAUGACGAUCGCUUGAGAAGGCUCAACAAAAGGAUGGGGCUGCAUACAAAGAACUCUGGGCUACGCAUGAUCUUUGCAUCUCGGAAAGCUGCGACAGAUGCGUGGCGACUAGCGCAAACUGAGAUGAGCCAAACCUUCCUCGCUUUGAUCGAAUGGUUCUCCAAAAUCAUAGGUGAAUCGCAAGCGAUUCUUUACGCGGCUUUCCUAAUGGUUGAAACGCAAGUCAUUGAUGGAGAAAAGUUUGAAAAGCUCAAGGAAUGUAUGGUAGAUGGUAGAAUUCAUCCUAUCGAGACUUCAACGCUGCAUAAAGACGGUCAUCGCUCCUUCAAGACUCACUACAUAUCAGCUGCUGAAGAUGUAUCUGAGGCUCAUGAAGUUGACAUGGUUCGGAUAGGGUUGCCAAGAAAUUGGGCCUCUGGCAUUAACGAAGCGAAUCCGGAAGAUUGCGAGGAUUUGGAGCUUGCUAGUGAUAGCACCAUUUCUGAUGAGUACAGCUCAGAGAGCGAUGACUUGUUCACUGAAGAAAGCGAUGAUGAAAGGAGAAGUCGAGAUCGAACACUUGGAUCUAACCGCGCUGAUAUGGAAACAAGCUUCUCCUCUGCGUUAGAACCAUCCGAGCUGCCACCUUCAAAGAGAGAACCUUUAGAUGCUCAAAGUGACGUUUUGAAUUACGACUUUGACACGAUUUGGAGGUUGGUGGCAAUGCGGUAUUGGUAA